AUGUCAGACCUGGAUUCAUUUACUCUUUUCUCCCUGUUGCCUACAGAGUUGAGGCUUCAGAUAUGGCGACACACCUGCCACCCUCGGGUCGUCGAGGUCUUGUACGACGACCGAGCAGAUGAGUGUGCGUCAUCUACAGUGCCACCACCCACCCUGCAUGCAUGCCGAGAAUCACGGUUCGAAGCCUUGAGGAUAUAUAAAAAAUCAUUUGGCACCAAUUCCCACGAACCUAAGAUAUACUUUUGUCCAGAAAUUGACACCCUCUACCUACCUCGACCACCUUACAUGGGCUACGACGACGCCAUAAGAUCUUUUACGGAACUUGUCCUGGACACCGACGAUACUAUCAACCUCGCCAUCGACUAUGUCAAUCCUGAUAUUAGACGCCCAUGGGAGACAUACAACAAAUAUGCCCUGAUGCACAGCUUCCCUAAGGUGAAAGAGGUCUAUCUAGUCCUGGACGCAGACGCCCCGGCGGAAGAGCACAUCUAUGAAGAUCACGAUGACCACGAGGAUAUAGGACUAGUCGAUCCAACAGGAGACAUCAUGGUUCUUUGCCGACUACUUUCCGAAGUUAAGGAAUCAUUUUUCUACGAGGUCGGGUCUACCUACACCGUCAGCGAUACGAAGGAGGAGUUCUACGAGCAACCCGUCUUGCCUCCUCUGGUAUUGAAGUCGAAGGUCACACACCAUAUACACCAUGACCAUACGCACCAUGAUCAUUCACUUCACGACCACAUACACCAUGCAUAG